AAAUUGGUGUUAGGUGAUGCAUCUUAAACCCUUCCGCCCCUAAACCUCCUUCAGCCGUAACCCCUUGUUCUUCCGUUAUCUAAUCCUCCUCGCGGCCGCUGUCGCUCAGGGGAAUCUCCGAGUCUGUCCCUCGUUCCAGUCACUUGUCGUCACUCAUUUUCUUCGUGGGCUGUCUUUGGAGUCCUAUACCGUCUGUUGCUGCUGUCUUUGGGAGACCUCUGUUAUCGUCUUUGGAGUGAUCGACGCUUUUUAACAUCUCCUCACCCAUCAGCCAGACACUUGGGGUCCGACCUUUCCUUAUAUCUCAGGAUUGGAGUUUGGAGACCUUUCUUGACCUUCGGGAGUUUGGUUGUCUUUUUGUUUGUUGACUUUGGGUUUCUGGUUGUUGCUGCGGCUUAUGUUUGUCUAGAUAAGCCUGAACUGUUAUUGGCUUCUUACAUGAACAAAAAACUUCUUUCUCAACCAGUCAGAAGCUAAUGGCGGAAAAGAAGGAAAGGUCAGGCGCUGCAAUGGGGGACUGUAGAGAGUUGCAAGAGCUCGCCAGGCACCACAUAGAUUCGUUUGAUUAUAUGGUCGAGCGAGGAUUGGAAAUUAUGCUGGAUAAUAUUAAGCCUGUGAAAAUUUCAGAUUCUUCCACCAAUACAAGUCUCAAAUUGUAUUUGAGUAACCCAAGAGUAUACGAGCCACUAAAGGAAAGUUCGAGGACGAAGCACAAACGUCUGCUUCCAUUUGAGUGUCGUCAAGCAAAGAUUUCUUACACAGGAAAGUUUGAGGCAGAGGUUUGCUUUGAAUAUCAUGGCAGAGCAGUUAUCAGGGAGAAGUAUAAUUUCGGGCAGUUUCCUAUAAUGUUAAGGUCAAAGCUCUGUCACUUGUCUGGUGCUGAUUCCCAAAAACUGGUUUCCCUCAAGGAAGAAUCAGCAGAGAUGGGCGGCUACUUCAUUUUGAAUGGGCUUGAGAGAGUUGUUCGACUUCUAAUAAUGCCGAAGCGGAAUUAUCCAAUGAGUAUGGUUCGAGGAUCAUUUCGUGAUCGCCGGGAAGGAUACACUGAUAAGGCAGUUGUUAUAAGGUGUGUACGAGAAUAUCAAUCUUCAUUAACAGAUCAAUCAUCAGUAACAGUUAAAUUGUAUUACCUUCGAAGUGGAAGUGCAAGACUUGGAUUUUGGAUACAAGGGAGGGAGUACUUGCUACCUGUUGGUAUUGUUCUGAAGGCACUUGUUGAGGCUUCAGAGCGAGAAAUUUUUGAGAAGUUGACUUGUUGUUAUGAUGAGAAAUAUGAGAAGACAAAGGGGGCUGUUGGCUCUCAGCUUGUGGGUGAAAGGGCAAAAAUUAUUCUUGAUGAAGUCCGGGAGUUGUCUCUUUUCACUCAGGCUGAAUGUCUGCGGCAUAUUGGGGAACAUUUUCAACCUGUCAUGGAUGGGCUGGAAAGAGAAACUUACUCUAAUGUGGCUCAUGCAGUUCUAAAAGAUUACAUAUUUGUACAUCUUAAUAAUUAUGAUGACAAGUUCAAUCUGCUCAUCUUCAUGUUGCAGAAACUUUUCUCCCUUGUAGACCGGACUUCUGUGCCUGACAAUCCAGAUUCGUUGCAAAAUCAGGAAGUAUUACUUCCUGGGCACCUUAUUACCAUUUAUCUCAAGGAAAAACUAGAAGAUUGGCUGCGUAAAGCCAAGAAGGUUAUUCAAGAUGAGAUUGCAAAAAACAACAAUUUUAAUCUUUUAUCAGUUUCAGAUGUCAAGAAGGUGAUGGAUAGAAAUCCAUCAACAUCGAUCAGUUUAGCUGUGGAAAAUAUUCUGAAAACUGGAAGACUGGUAACACAAACAGGACUAGACUUACAGCAGAGAGCUGGUUACACAGUUCAAGCAGAGAGGCUCAAUUUUCUACGUUUUCUUUCCUUUUUCCGGGCUGUGCAUCGAGGGGCUUCUUUUGCUGGACUGCGCACAACAAGUGUGCGGAAAUUGUUACCUGAAUCUUGGGGUUUUCUUUGCCCUGUCCAUACACCUGAUGGGGAGCCUUGUGGGUUGCUGAACCAUAUGACUCGUUCUUGUAGAAUCACUUCAUACUUUGAUUCACAGGGAGCUGUUAAAGAUUUUUUUGAUAUAAGAAAGUCUAUACUUGGUGUUUUGACUGGUCUUGGAAUGACUUCUUCAUUGCCAAAGUUUGUUCACAUUGGCCCUCCUCAAGUUCUUUAUGUUCUUCUAGAUGGUCGUUUUGUUGGCUCCAUACCUUCAAGUGAGAUUGAAAAAGUUGUUGCUCACUUACGAAGAUUAAAAGUCUCAGCUGCUUCAGUGAUUCCUGACGAUCUGGAGGUCGGAUAUGUUCCGUUGAGCAUGGGUGGUGCAUAUCCUGGUUUAUAUCUAUUCACAUCUCCUUCCAGAUUUAUUCGGCCAGUUAGAAAUAUUUCUAUCCCCACUGAGGAUGGUCAAAAUAUUGAACUUAUAGGACCAUUUGAACAGGUUUUUAUGGAAAUAAGAUGUCCAGAUGGUGGAAAUGGCGGAAGAAGUGAUUCCUUUCCUGCAACUCAUGAAGAAAGUCAUCCAACUGAUAUGCUUAGUGUGGUGGCUAACCUUACACCUUGGUCAGAUCACAAUCAAAGCCCACGAAAUAUGUACCAGUGCCAGAUGGCAAAACAAACAAUGGCUUUCUCUUUACAAUCUCUUCGCUUCCGUGCUGAUCAGAAGCUAUAUCAUCUUCAGACCCCUCAGACUCCCAUUGUGCGCACAAGUUCAUAUGUAAAGUACUGCAUAGAUGAGUAUCCGACAGGCACAAAUGCAAUAGUUGCAGUACUUGCUUAUACUGGGUAUGAUAUGGAGGAUGCCAUGAUUCUGAACAAGUCAUCUGUUGAGCGUGGUAUGUGCCAUGGACAAAUUUACCAGACAGAGACCAUUGACUUAGCUGAAGAAGGUAGCAGGUCUGAUAGAGACCAAAGAAUGUUUAGGAGGAGUAACCUUGAUAAGUCCUUGCACUCUGUGAUUGAUUCAGAUGGACUUCCAUAUGUUGGUCAGAUAAUACAUCCAAAUGAACCCUAUUGUUGCAUUUAUAAUGAGAUAACAAAUACAACAAGAACCAACAACCGAAAAGGUUCAGACCCUGUAAUUGUUGACUAUGUUGCUGUUGAUACAAAAAACAAGAAGAAUCUUCAGAAGGUGAAUAUACGAUUUCGGCAUCCCAGAAACCCUAUUAUUGGUGAUAAAUUUAGUAGUAGACAUGGACAGAAGGGUGUCUGCUCCCAAUUGUGGCCAGACAUUGAUAUGCCAUUUUCUGGAGUUACUGGAAUGCGUCCUGAUCUGAUCAUCAAUCCUCAUGCAUUUCCUUCAAGAAUGACAAUUGCAAUGCUUUUAGAAUCUCUUGCUGCUAAGGGAGGUAGUUUAAAUGGGAAAUUUGUGGAUGCGACACCGUUUGCUGGUUCAGUUAAAAAGGCUAAUGGAGAAACCAGAUCAGAAUCUGAAUCACUUGUUGAUGAUCUUGGUGAAAUGCUAAGAUCUCAUGGGUUUAACUAUCAUGGUGUGGAGGUUCUAUAUAGUGGAGUUUAUGGAACAGAACUCACAUGCGAAAUAUUUAUUGGGCCAGUUUACUAUCAGCGCCUUCGCCAUAUGGUUUCAGAUAAAUUUCAGGUAAGAUCAACUGGAACUGUUGACCAGAUUACUAGACAGCCAAUUAAAGGAAGAAAGCGUGGUGGAGGUAUCCGUUUUGGAGAAAUGGAACGAGAUGCCAUGCUUGCUCAUGGGGCAGCAUAUUUAUUACAUGACAGACUUCAUACAUGUUCAGAUUAUCACAUUGCUGAUGUAUGUUCUUUAUGUGGAAGCAUACUCACUACAUCAUUUGUCCAGCAACAAAAGCGGGUAGUGCGAGAUAUUGGCGGGUUACCUCCAGUGAGGGCUCCAAAAAAGGUGGCAUGCCAUGCAUGCAAAACAAGCAAGGGGAUGGAAACUGUUGCCAUGCCUUACGUAUUUAGAUAUUUGGCUGCCGAGUUAGCAGCGAUGAACAUAAAAAUGAAUGUCCAGCUAAGUGCUGGUGCUUGAAUGUGAACCUUGCUGUUGUAAGAGAUGAUCACUGGAGUUCUGGUACAAUUUUGCUUUCAAUAUUCAUGGGUCCACGCUAUUUAUAUAGGAGAUGCAGCUUGAUGUUUUUCAGCAAAAGGGAUAUGGGAGAGAGGAAUUUGAAUUCCCGACUCUUUCUUUAGCUGGGGAAUCGGAAAUGACUUGGCUUUCCUGUACAUGUAUUCAUCCUUUUGUAAACAAUUACAGUUUGUGAGGUUGAAAAACGCCUAAAGGCAAAGCAAUUUUCCCCUCGAAAGUAAACAGCCCUUAUAUCUGUAUUAUUUAUUGGCCUGUCUUGAAUCCAUGGGAGCAUUAUAUUCCAAGAAGCCUAUUGAAAUGUGCAUGUGAAAGAUGAUUUUUUUUUC